AUGAGAAAGGGCUUGACUCGCAGUGAAGUUUUAGAUGUGAUUAUGCAGCCUGAUUCCUCCAGCGAGCUGGAGGAUGUAUCGUUGUCUCCCUCUGACACCACAGACUCAGGAGAGUCCGAUCCUGAUGUAUCGUCGUCUCCCUCUGACACCACAGACUCAGGAGAGUCCGAUCCUGAUGUAUCGUCGUCUCCCUCUGACACCACAGACUCAGGAGAGUCCGAUCCUGAUUUGGAUGUGCCACCCUCAUCAUCCUCUCUAGCUUCCACUGAAGGCGAGGAGGAUUCGGAGGAUCCUGGAUCUGGCCGCGCCAGAGGUGUGACUCCAGGGCCGACGCACUAUGCCAUUGCAAGGGUCCAGAACAUUGAUUCUGUGUUCAAUCUGUUUUUUACAGAGGAGAUGAUUGACCUCAUUGUCAGCAUGACCAACCUCCAUGGACGCCGCACAAUGAGAAACUGGACCGGGAUGGACUCCACAGAUCUCCAUGCCUACAUGAGGCUACUGAUUUUGGCCGGCGUCUACAGGUCCAGAGGGGAGUCCGCACGUUGCCUGUGGGAUGAUCGCAGUGGUCGUGUGAUUUUUAGAGCCACCAUGUCCCUCUCAAGAGUCCAUGAAAUCAGCAGAGCUCUGCGUUUUGAUGACAAGCUGCAGAGACCAGCUCGGCAUAGAGAGGAUAAGCUUGCCCCGAUCAGAUCCCUGUGGGAAAUGUGGACGCAUCGCCUUCCCCUCCUCUUCAACCCUGGCAAAGAUGUCACAGUGGAUGAGCAGCUUGUGCCAUUCAAAGGGAGAUGCAGCUUUCCGCAAUACAUGCCGAAAAAACCAGCAAAAUACGGGCAAAAAAUUUGGGUGACUGCUGAUGUUGGCACAUCCUAUGCCUGGAGGUGUGACAUUUACCUGGGUAAGACAGGUAAUGCUGCAGAGGUGGGUCAGGGAAAGUGUGUUGUCAUGGAGAUGACAGAAGGACUCCAGGGCGUCACUGUCACCUGUGACAACUUUUUUACCUCCUACUCACUUGCUCAGGAGCUUCUGCGGAAGAAAAUAGCCUUGGUCGGGAUGAUCAGGAAAAAUAAACCAGAGCUGCCACCCAACCUGGUGCAGGCUAAAGGACGACCUGCCCUCUCCACCGUCUUCGCCUUCACGAAGAACACCACGACUGUGAGUUACAUUCCGAAACGGGGGAGGAAUGUGAUCCUCAUCAGUACAAGGCACCGCGAAGCAAUGGUGACAGAGGGACCAAAAAAGAAGCCAGAGAUAAUCGCAGAUUACAACCGCUGCAAGGGAGGUGUCGACAAUCUAGACAAGGUUGUCGGCACCUACAGCUGCAGAAGGAGGACCAAUCGGUGGCCACAGACGUUGUUUUUCAAUAUAAUGGACGUCUCGGCAUAUAAUGCAUAUGUCAUCUUCACAGCUGUGGAUCCCUCCUGGAACCAGGCGAAGCUGUUUCGGAGAAGGCUUUUCCUAGAAGAGCUGGGAAAUUCUCUGGUCUCUGCAGCAAUACUGAGGAGAGAGCACCUCCCUCGUGCACCAGUUGCUGCUUCACUAGUGAGAGAGAUUCAGUCUUCUGCAGCUGUCCCUCCAGACACAGAUCCACAGACACCAGCAGGCACCAGGAGCUCAGAAGGGAAGAGGGGAACAUGCAAGUGGUGCACAGGACAAAAAAAGAAGAAGAACAGUCAGCACUUGCAUCCGUUGUGGUGGGCACACUUGCAAAGAGCACCAAGUGAUAUGCUGCAAGUCCUGCUGGAAAGAUUGAAAACACACACACACACACACACACACACAGUUUGUGGUUCGUUUAAUUGUUUAGUUCUUCAUCCAUCCUCAACUCUUGAACCAUUAAAAGGAUGUGCAGAGUCGGAUGUCAGUGCCAGUGAACAAGGCAUGCAGGUAACCUUCUGCUUCAUUUUCUUCACGAUGAAGCCUGUGAUGUAG